AACGAGCGGGUGGCGCGCACACGCCGCCACACAGCAGACACACGAAUGUUUUGAGCCUGCAAUCCGCCAUGUAGUUGACGCCAUCGUUCUACCGUACGUGGAGCUCGGUUCUUGCGGUUCGGAGCGGCAGAGUACAGUGGAGUGGAUCCGAGAGGCCAGUAUGAUCCGGCCGUGGAGUGCACUGCACUGGGUCACGAUGGCGCUUGUCUACCGGGCCUUGUGGACCGCAGCUCAGUAUUCCAGCGAUCAGUGCAGCUGGCGAGGAAGCGGUCUGAGCCACGAGUUGCAUCGCAGAGAUGUGGAGCAGGUCUAUUUACGCUGCUCCCAGGGCUCGCUGGAGUGGCUAUACCCGACCGGUGCUAUCAUCGUCAACCUUCGUCCAAAUACGGAGCCUUCAUCGGCAGACAUGGCAGAUCUCCAUGUGUGCAUCAAACCUCAGCAUCACUCGCAGGGUUCUCAUCUGUAUUUGGAGCACACUGGCGAUCUGAGGCUGCUGAUGGCCGAGAGCGACCAGCCGCAGAGAAAAAUACGUUGUUUCAACCUCACCGACGGAGCUCUGUUUGUGGAGGCCGUCCACCAGGCAGACAUCAGUCGGAGGAUAACGGCUUUCCAGUACGAACUGGUGUCCGGCCGAGGUCCCGGAGCGCACUUGUACCCACACCUUCACCCUGGUUUUGUCACAUGUGAACCGUGUUCGGAUGAAGAAGUCCUCUUGGCUGUCUGUGUCAGUGACUUUGCGGGCAGCGGCGUCUUUCAAGGCGAGUCGUCGAUCACCGGCGAACACUCCCAGGCGCAGCUGACUCUGAAUCGGCUCUUCCACCAGAAGAACGGGCUGUUUGUUGGUGGCGGGGCUCGAGUGCGACGCUGGACAGGGAGCGUCAACGUUCCCACAAAGUGUGGCGUUCCCCACGGAGGGGAUGAGUACCUUUUGACCGGCUCGGUCCAUUUUGGUGAAGCGUGGCUUGGCUGCGCUCCUCGUUACAAGGACUUCUUAACGCUUUACGUCAGAGCUCGGAGAGCAGGAACCAACCCUUGUCACAUUGACGCUGACUGAGGGAAUGCAAAGUGUUACCGCCUGAAAGCUUGAGAAUGGAGGUCACCUUUCAAGUCCGUCACGCAGAUACGCUGAGUACCACCUGUGUGGGAUCUACAACCUUAUAUUGUUGCUGUGCAGCAAAACUGUAAACAGUGGCCCUCUGUCAUGUCUUAGUCACCUGCAAAACUCGUGACUUCUUGAUGGCAACGGUGGUGUUUCGUCAUCUGGUUCCAAGGAAAUCAAAUGGAAUAUCCGAGAUAAAGUCAGCAUAUGACAGAUAUGGGGAGACUGGACAGAGAGGGUCGAAAAAUGUUUCCAUGUGGUAUUAAGAAAUAUUUUUAAUUGCUAUCGGGUUUUUCUCACGUUGUGAAUGGGCAUCUGUUCAUUCAUUUUUAGAACUGCCGCAAAUUCCUAUUUAAAGGAACGUCCUUGUAAGAAUAUUUAAUACUUAACCAAUUAUCCAAAAAAAAAAAAAAUCCAGCUUGCUUGAUCAAACAACACAUGGACUGUGCUAAAGGAAAUCCAACAUCCUUAGCUCAUGUAUGUAUACUGCAC